GAGGCGGGGCUCGGCGGGCGGGGCCGGGGGCACCGGAAAAGCUGGCGCUGGAAUUAGAACUGGAGUGGCUGCCCCAGCGUCGCUUCCCGGGGCGGUGGGUGUCUGACCGCGAUCACGGGCGGCCCCGGCGGCGGGCCAGCGGCUGUAAGGUACCUCAUUUUUCUGAAAAGAAUUGACCAUGUCAGAAUGAGAGGAAGCUCUCCUUGCACACUGUCGUCUAUGGGACCUUUGAAGACAAUGCAGUAGUAUUCCUUCUACCGGGAGCUCCUUUGGAUCAAGCUAUGGUGAAAAAUGUUCCGGAAAGGCAAAAAGCGACACAGUAGUAGCAGUUCCCAAAGUAGUGAAAUCAGUACGAAGAGCAAGUCUGUAGAUUCUAGCCUUGGGGGGCUUUCACGAUCCAGCACUGUGGCCAGCCUCGAUACAGAUUCGACCAAAAGCUCAGGACAAAGCAACAACAAUUCAGAUACCUGUGCAGAAUUUCGAAUAAAAUAUGUUGGUGCCAUUGAGAAACUGAAAUUCUCUGAAGGAAAAAGUCUCGAAGGGCCCCUAGACCUGAUAAAUUAUAUAGAUGUUGCCCAGCAAGAUGGGAAGUUGCCUUUCGUUCCUCUGGAGGAAGAAUUCAUUAUGGGAGUUUCCAAGUAUGGUAUAAAAGUAUCAACAUCAGAUCAGUAUGAUGUCUUACACCGGCACGCUCUGUAUUUAAUCAUCCGCAUGGUGUGUUACGACGACGGUCUGGGGGCCGGAAAAAGCCUACUGGCCCUGAAGACCACCGACGCAAGCAACGAGGGGUACAGCCUCUGGGUCUAUCAGUGCAACAGCCUGGAACAGGCACAAGCCAUCUGCAAAGUUUUAUCCACCGCUUUUGACUCUGUAUUAACAUCUGAGAAAGCUUGAAUUCUGCAAUCUAGCGGAAGCUGACUUCGUGUGGAAGGGCAAUGGUUUUCAAUCUGCAGUGUUGAAUUACUCUGGAAAUAGAAAGUGAUCUCCUGCUCGAGAUUUUCUGGAGAAAUGCAGUGUAUAAAAUAGUGAUCGUUUGCUUUUCUAUUAAAAUGUGUUUUAUUACAGUGA